AUGUGCCCACGUUUUGGCCGCUGGGUCUGUUGCUGUCUGCUUCUCCUUGCAACCAGGAAAGUCCAAGGGACCCCAGGAGACCCCAGUGCCAUGCCAGAACAAAUCCAUCUGUCUUAUCCAGGUGUGCCUGGCUCCAUGACGGUUACCUGGACCACGUGGGUGCCCACGCGCUCCGAGGUGCAGUUUGGCAUGCAGCUGUCAGGGCCGCUGCCACUGCGGGCCCAAGGCACUGCCAGGGCCUUUGUGGAUGGCGGCAUCCUGCGGCGGAAGCUGUACAUGCACCGCGUCACACUGCGGAAGCUACUGCCUGGGGUCCAGUACGUUUACCGCUGCGGCAGUGCCCAGGGUUGGAGCCGUCGGUUUCGCUUCAGGGCCUUGAAGAAUGGAGUUCAUUGGAGCCCACGCCUGGCUGUGUUUGGGGACCUGGGUGCUGACAACCCGAAGGCCCUGCCCCGGCUGCGCAGAGACACCCAGCAGGGCAUGUUUGAUGCCAUCCUGCACGUGGGGGACUUUGCCUAUGACAUGGACCAGGACAAUGCCCGCGUUGGGGACAGAUUCAUGCGACUCAUUGAACCGGUGGCCGCCAGCCUGCCGUACAUGACCUGUCCUGGAAAUCACGAACAACGCUACAAUUUCUCUAACUACAAGGCUCGCUUUAAUAUGCCAGGGGACAAUGAAGGCUUGUGGUACAGUUGGGAUAUAGGUCCGGCCCAUAUCAUUUCCUUCUCCACCGAGGUCUAUUUUUUUCUCAAUUACGGCCGACACCUGGUUCAGAAGCAAUACCGCUGGUUGGAGAGCGACCUCCAGAAAGCCAACAAGAACCGAGCGGCUCGGCCUUGGAUCAUCACCAUGGGCCACCGGCCCAUGUACUGCUCCAAUGCGGACCUUGAUGACUGCACACGGCACGAGAGCACGGUCCGCAAAGGUCUCCGGGGCAAACAAUAUGGACUGGAGGAUCUGUUCUACAAAUAUGGAGUGGAUCUUGAGCUGUGGGCGCAUGAACACUCUUAUGAGCGUCUAUGGCCUAUUUACAACUACAAGGUAUUUAAUGGCAGCAAGGAGGCGCCCUAUACCAACCCUCGGGGGCCUGUCCACAUCAUCACUGGGUCUGCGGGCUGUGAGGAGCGUCUUACCCCCUUCUCCAUCUUCCCGAGGCCCUGGAGCGCAGUGCGGGUGAAGGAGUAUGGGUACACGCGCAUGUCCAUUCUCAACGGCACCCAUUUGCAUAUCCAGCAAGUGUCUGACGACCAGGACGGGAAGAUAGUGGAUGAUUUCUGGCUAGUGCGCCCCCUCCAGGGCCGGCGGAUGUACCUCUAA